AUCCAGGGCAGCGGUGUGAGAGAGCUUUCAACGCUGAAGUGUGUCAAACUGAUGCUGCGGCUUGACUGGAAUUUCAGGAAUAUUAUUUUAUUUAGCCGGACUUUCAGCCGAACAGGACGGAAACCAGCUUUGAGACGUUCAUCCUGUACGAAAAGGAAGACGUGUUUAAGUUAUCAGAAAUCUGAGCAUCGUCUACAUUCCCUCUGUACGUCCCACCAUGAAGAUAUGGUGAUGAUCUGGCUCCUUGCUUCACUUCUUCAAACCAUUUCCAAUGUCUGAGGACUCAGAAUCCAAACCGUACCUGUUCUCCUCCUUGGAGGGGCAGAGUGAAGCAGCCGGAUGCAGUUCAAUGUCGACGCUGCAUCGUAUGGGUAGUUUCGUGGAGGGAGCCGAACUUGGCCUGGCAUCUGAAGGUAGCGACAGCAGCCAAGACCCUCGUGCUUCUCCCCACAACAGCCGGAAGAUGGCACAUUCCCUCCACGAGGAUGUGGAGAUGAAGAGCAGCGGGUCCAGCGGGAGUGGAACUGAGUCCCAUGGCAAUGAGUCCCAUGGUAAUGAUUCCCACGGAAAUGAGUCUCAUGGCAAUGAGUCUUCUGGGAGCUCCAAUAGCCGAAGCAAGGACUCGGCACUAUUAGAGUCAUUGGGGAGUAACAAAAGCUCCAACUCUCAUAGUCCUUCACCACCCAGCAGCACAAACGCCUUCAGCCUUCUGAGUGCCAGUUCAGAGCAGGACAACCCGUCUACCAGCGGCUGCAGUAGUGAAGAGUCCGCCAAGGCGAAGACGCAGAAAGAGUUGCUUAAAACUUUGAAAGAGUUGAAGCUUCAUUUGCCGCCGGAAAAGCGAAACAAGGGCAGCAAGUCAACGACGCUCAACACUCUGAAAUAUGCCCUACGCUGCGUCAGACAGGUGGAAGCAAAUGAAGAAUACUACCAGCUGCUUAUGAUUAAUGAUAGUCAGCCAUCAGGGCUUGACGUUUCAUCAUAUACCAUAGAGGAGAUAGACAGCAUCACCUCUGAAUACACCCUCAAAAACACAGAUAUCUUUGCAGUGGCAGUGUCACUCAUCACUGGGAAGAUUGUCUAUAUUUCAGACCAGGCUGCCUCCAUCUUGAAUUGCAAACGGGACGUGUUCAAGAAUGCUAAGUUUGUGGAGUUUCUUACACCGCAGGAUGUUAGCGUGUUUUAUAGUUUCACCACACCAUACAGGCUUCCGUCCUGGAGCAUGUGCACUGGCGCAGAGUCGUCACCGGCAGAUUGCAUGCAAGAGAAAUCCUUCUUCUGUCGCAUUAGCGGUGGUAAAGAGUGUGAGGGAGAUCUUCAGUACUAUCCCUUCAGAAUGACUCCUUAUUUGAUGAAGGUUCAGGAUACGGAGCACUCUGAAGAUCAGUUCUGCUGCCUCCUGCUGGCCGAGAGAGUGCACUCCGGCUACGAAGCUCCAAGGAUCCCCACGGAUAAACGAAUCUUCACCACAACACACACUCCAAGCUGUGUGUUUCAGGAUGUGGACGAGAGGGCCGUUCCAUUACUAGGAUACCUGCCACAGGAUUUGAUUGGCACACCUGUCCUGCUGCACCUGCAUCCCAGUGAUCGACCAAUCAUGCUCGGCAUCCACAGGAAGAUCCUGCAGUAUGCUGGCCAGCCGUUUGAUCACUCAAUCCGCUUCUGUGCUCGUAACGGAGAGUACAUCACCAUCGACACCAGCUGGUCCAGCUUUGUCAAUCCCUGGAGCCGCAAAGUUUCCUUCGUCAUCGGCAGACACAAAGUUCGCAUGGGUCCAGUGAAUGAAGAUGUGUUUGCAGCUCCGACCGCACCUGAGGGAAAAUCCAUAGACUCAGACAUCCAGGAGAUCACAGAGCAAAUUCACAGACUCCUGCUGCAGCCGGUGCACAACAACGGUUCGAGCGGCUAUGGGAGUCUGGGAAGUAAUGAUCACCUGCUGAGUGUGGCAUCGUCUAGUGAAAGUAACGGCAAUGGAACACGCCCGCGACAAGAGGAAGAGGAUAGCAGGAGAGCCAAACCGAGGACCUUUCAAGAGAUCUGCAAAGGAGUUCACAUGCAGAAAAACCAGGAGCUGCAGUCCAAGAAGAGCCCUACAAAGCUUCUACAGAAAAGUCCAGUGGUUCGACCCAAGGAUUCUGUGUAUCCUGUGAACUGGAGAGGGUCUGCUGAGGAGCAGCAUGCUGCAGUGCAAGAGGAGCUGGCCUUCAAAGACCAGACCGUCUACUCCUAUCAGCAGAUUAGUUGCCUGGACAGCGUAAUCAGGUAUUUGGAGAGCUGUAACAUGCCCAUUACAGUGAAGAGAAAGUGCCAAUCCUCCUCAAACACGACAUCCUCAAACUCAGAUGAAGACAAGCAGAGAGGUGUUGAGAGCUCCUUGAAAGUGUCAGAAGAUGUGAACCAUCUAAAGGACCAACCAGGACUCUCAUCAUUAGAUGUGUCAAAGAAGCCUCCAGGCUCUGGUGUAGUGAGUCCGUCUCUGACUCCACUCGCGCUGCCCAGUAAACCUGAAAGCGUGGUGUCCAUCACCAGCCAGUGCAGCUACAGCAGCACCAUUGUACACGUAGGAGACAAGAAAGUCGUAUCCUCAACAAGAAACAUCUCUUCAAAGCAAGAAUUCUCUUCCAAACUUCAAAAGAUCAUCGAGGACGUCCCCAGCGCUGAAGGCACUGAAGGUCAGGGUCUCACUGUUCCUCCGGCCGCAGUCUCGCCGCACAAUCAGGAGCGAGAGGCUUACAAGAAACUGGGCCUGACCAAGCAAGUUCUGGCGGCGCACACCCAGAAGGAAGAGCAGGCGUUCCUCAGCCGCUUCAGAGAGCUGCGAGGUGUGCACGCUUUUAAAGCCGACUGCUCCCUCUAUCUGGAGAGACAGAAAGGACAAGUCACAUCUGAGGCUGUUCCCAUUGCUCGUUCCUGUAAGCAGGGUGGUGGCGGCGCACAGGAGACCACCGGGACCCGCCGGGGUCGCAACAAGAAGACCAAAUCCAAACGCAUCAAGCCAAAUGAGUCUUCUGACAGCACGCCUUCAGGCCGUAGACCGCCACCCAGACCUCAGCUGCAGGGCCUCAACCAGACCUCCUGGUCUCCCUCGGACACAUCCCAAUCCACCUUCCCCAUUGCCUAUCCAGCUGUGAUGCCUACGUACCCGCUGCAGAUGUACCCGGGAGCCGGCAGCAUGCAGCCCAGGGUAGAUGCUCCGCUCUCAGGCUUCGGCGAGAGUCAGUGCAGCCAGGAUCCGCGUAUCCCCAUGCAGCCCAUCCAGACACCAUAUUCAGCUCCUCUGGUCACACCCAUGGUGGCGCUGGUGCUGCCCAACUACAUGUUCCCACAGAUGGGUGGCGCUCCACGGCAGCCAUUCUACCCCAAGCAGGGAAGUUUCCCUGCACAGCCUACCUUUCAACCUCAGCCUAGUUUCGCAGCGCAGGCGCCAUUCCCUCCGCCGUCCACGUUCACCAUACAGACCCAGUUUGCCCCCCAGAACCCCUUUACCGCACAGACUCCAUUUCCACCACAGCCGUUUCCGUUCGUGUGUCCCGAGGAGCCCCCAAAACCGCCGGAGCCCGAGCUGAGGGAGGAGCCUUCACGAAGCCCCACUCCUCAGUCCAUGGGUGGAGGCGGGCCGCCGUCCCCGCCUUUGUUCCAGUCGCGCUGCAGCUCGCCUUUGCAGCUCAACCUACUGCAGUUAGAGGAGACUCAGCGCUUUGCUGAGAGACAGGAGAGCACGGCGCCUUCUGUUGUACCACAGGCCAACUGCACCAGUAGUGUGGAGAAAGCAGGAAGCACAGCCGGGCAAGCUAAAACUGACAGGGAUGUGCCACAGGAUGAAAUGUCACCUGUCGACGGUCAGCAUAGCGAUGCAUUCUCAUCAUCUAGUGACCUGCUGGACAUUCUCCCAGAGGACUCUCGCUCCGGCACCGGCUCUGCCACCUCAGGCUCCAUGGGCUCUGGGUCUAACGGCUGUGGAACAUCUGCUAGCGGCGGGUCUGCCAGCAGAACUGGAAGUAGCAACACAAGCAACAACAGCAGUAACUACUUCGGCAGUGUGGAUUCUUCCCAGAAGUCCCAUAAGGCCAAGGGGCAAGACUCUGGUUCGGGCUCUGGGGCGCUGGCGCUGGAUGGGAGUGAGACCCUAAUUAAGAAUGUACUGCAGGAUCCACUGUGGCUGCUCAUGGCUAACGUGGAUGAAGAUGUUAUGAUGUCAUACCAGUUACCAUCUCGUGACAUCCAGAAGGUUCUGAGGGAGGACAGGGAGAAGUUGCGGCAGAUGCAGAAAAGUCAGCCGCGCUUUACAGAGGAGCAGAAGAGAGAGCUGGUGGAGGUGCAUCCCUGGAUGAGAAGAGGUGGGCUGCCCAAAGCCAUCGACGUCAAGGCGUGUGUCGGCUGUGAAGAGGUCAGUGAAACCCUGACAGAGGAGGAUCCACCAGAUCUGCACAUGGGAGAAACAGAAAGCAGUGAUGUCACAGCGCCUCCGGCCAAUAGCAGUGAAGACUCUACACACUCAGAAACACACGGCUGUCCCGGUCCUGUCACCUGAACUGAACCCCUCUUCUCACCUGUAACAAUACAGACCUCGUCUGAUCAGACAAAGCGGACAUUUUAGCAUCGAAAAAUGCUCCUGCCGCAGCCUCGGACCUUCAUGAAGACUCGUUCUGUUGCUUGUCUGUGUGAAUGUGUUUGUGUGAAUUUGUACAGAUUUGUAAAUACAUGAAUGAGUGGGAGAAUAAACCAGAGUGAAUGAAUCAUUUCCAGACAGUCUAAACUGUCUCUAAAGCCAGACUCUGAGCUGUUCAGUGACCAUUACUGUUAGAUUUUAAUAUUAAGGAAUAAUAUUUCCUUUUCAGUGUUUCCCUGACAGUUUUUUCCUUAACGUGCACAUACACGUUCUAACUUAUUUCUAACUUUUUAUAAAAAAAACAAACAAAAACAAAACUAUUUUAUGUUUUUUUUUUCUUCUUCUAAAUAGACGUAUAAGCUUUUGAAUCGUUUCUUCUGGUGUUUGAUAAUUGUGUUGUUGGAUACGUUUCUGAUAUCCUUUCAAAUUCACAAUUUAACUGAGGACUUGUGGUUUGUGAGCUGAAGUAUUAUUUAUUAAACUACGACAGAUGGAACAUGCUCUACAUAAUUGGCACAAACUACGAUAACUUAGUUGCGGCACUUUGCUUUAGCACUUGCAGCUUAUUUGAUCAGAUAGUGAAUGUGUCAAGAACUUAAUGCGGUGCAUUUGUUGCAUUAGUAGCAUUAGGUGAAUUUAUGUGAAAAGUAUUUCAAGCUAAAGAGUUGAGGUGCUGUUGUCUUGUUCAGAUUGGCUGUCUGAUGGUCUGUUGCGAUGUAGUACCUCCAGUGUUACAUUUCUCCUCUUUUAUAAGCCCUAGAUUGAAUCUACUCAGACAGAGGUCUUAAGAGUGUCCCUACUUAAACCUGUGAAAACCUGCUGUAUGACUCACAACUACCAUAAAUCCCCAGCACAAAAGCACCUUAUUAGGGACAUAUGGGCAGAAUGAGAUUUCAGUAUCCGGUUUAAAGGUCUAUGUUUUGAAAAUAACUAAAACACUAAUUUGGAGGUCAACUUGGCAUUAAGCUUUUAAUGUCAAGCGUUUAGCCCACGUUGUGAAUAAAUGUGCUUGUGUUCUGUACUUUUGAACUCGUUAAUAAAUGUUCCUUCAUGCUGAA